AUGAACAAAAUUAGAUUCUAUUCUACAACAAAAACACAUAUAGAUCAUCUUUGGCCAUCAGGUAGUUUAAAUCCAACCCCAUAUGAAAUAUUUCAUUUAAAGGAUUUUGAAAUAAGAAAUAAUAAUAAUAAUAAUGAUAAUGAUAAUGAUAAUGAUAAUCGUGAUCGUGAUCGUGAUCGUGGCGGUGGUAGUAGCAGUUCGCUGACAAGAUCUAAAUAUUUGAAAAAUAUAUACCAUCAAUACGUUAAAUUGUAUCAUCCUGAUAUCUCUACAAAUAUUAUUAUAUUUGACCAAAAAAACGAUAACAUUCUAUCUCCACGUGAAAAAUUAAAACGAUUUAAAUCUAUAAGUGUUGCAUACAAACAACUUCUAACUGGACAAAAUGUUCAUAACAAUCCCAUAUACCCUUAUUCCUCUUAUUCCUCCCACCCGCACCCUCAUUUCUAUGCUCAUGCAUAUUCACACAAUUAUCAACCAUAUCCAAUCUAUGAAAAGUGUGAAUCUGAUGUAUCCGACAUCAAUCCACUACAUAUAUUGUAUAUGGCAAUAGGCACGUUAGUUGUAUGGGGUGGUUCUAUCUAUUUAAAUAAUUUGCAAGACUCUAUUCAUCUGUCUAAUCAAUAUACGGUGAAUUCCCAGACGAUUGAAAAACAGGAUAUCCAAAGAGUCUACUGGCAACAAUUGUACGAGAAAUAUAUUGGGUUCACUGGGUCCAAGAUGGAUCGAAUCCAUAGGUUCCUUUGGAUAAGGUUGUGGAACAAAGAGAGUCCAAGGGACGAAACUGAGUUGGAAGCUUCUCUGAAAAAUAAUCAUCUUUUCAUCGAAAGGUUACUGGAGGAACUGUCGAGGAAAAAUUGA